UGUGUAAUAAACGCACCCAACACUGGCCCAGCUCGGGCACAGACUUGUCGGAGGGACUGGUUUUCUGUCUCAGGCGAGGGCAGCGGUAGGAUCCACACGACAGACGUCUGUCGUGUGGAUCCUGGAAAGUGGUCCUAAAAGCAGCCCAUUUUAUUUUGUGUUUAUUUAUAUUUGGACCACGAAACAUAAUGAGCGUUAAUCAAAUUAUUUACUGGUAAGUGUGCUCUUGAGUGCAUCAGAUCAGUCCACUUCCCUGCCGUCCAGACUCUUCAGGUUGUGGCUCAUGGGCCCUCAGCUUGGAGAUGGAACGAAACAUUGCCACACUGCAGAGCUGGACGUAAACCUUCCGGGAAGGUGCGGGAUUACAACUGUACAGAGCCUCCCGCCCCGACGACGAUGACGACGACGCCCACCACGACAACCACCUCCACUGUGGUCAUAGGUGGAAACGUUGGCGUGGUGGUGGUGAUGCUGGUGAUGGUGGUGGUGGUGAUCGUGAAGCGUGGUCGACAGCAAAACGAAACUACGACAGAAGAUGUAAGAAGGCGAUUCGAAGGCGCCCCGCCCCCCAGCGAGAGCUUGGCGGUCGAGAACAGCCUGUACGAGUCCUUCGAGAACACCGGCGGGAGGGCGGUCUUCGAGAACAGUCUGUACGGGUCCUUCGAGAACACCGGCGGGAGGGCGGUGGUCGAGAAUAGCCAGUACGAAUCCUUCGAGAACACCGGCAGGAGGGCGGUCUGCGAGAACAGCCUGUACGAGUCCUUCGAGAACACCGGCGGGAGGGUGGUGGUCGAAAACAGCCUGUACGAGUCCUUCGAGAACACCGGCGGGAGGGCGGUGGUCGAGAACAGCCUGUACGAGUCCUUCGAGAACACCGGCGGGAGGGCGGUGGUCGAAAACAGCCUGUACGAGUCCUUCGAGAACACCGGCGGGAGGGCGGUGGUCGAGAACAGCCUGUAUGAGUCCUUCGAGAACACCGGCGGGAGGGCGGUGGUCGAGAACAGCCUGUAUGAGUCCUUCGAGAACACCGGCGGGAGGGCGGUGGUCGAAAACAGCCUGUACGAGUCCUUCGAGAACACCGGCGGGAGGGCGGUGGUCGAGAACAGCCUGUAUGAGUCCUUCGAGAACACCGGCGGGAGGGCGGUGGUCGAGAACAGCCUGUAUGAGUCCUUCGAGAGCACCAGCGACAGGGUUGUACUCGUAAACAGCCCGUACUAGAGCGUAAACUUACUCAGACUGAUAUUGAUGUUGUAAUGUAUCCGUAUAUGUCUCAUUCUUCAUCUUGUCAAAAUUAUCGAUAGGGAACUUAACUAAUAUGGGGGAAGACGUAUAUAACCUAACCAGCUUCAUGAACCACAACUGGACUGGAGUAUCAGGACACUUCUCCACCCGAAAUUGACCUCUCUUCCGGCCUCUCAUUCUGUCGUCUUUUGUUGGAGCGGCGUCUGGAUGGCUUUCUUGUUCCUGUUUUUGUUUCUUGCCCUUGAGCUGCCUCCCUUGCUGUAGAAA